AUGGACGUGAAUGUCCAGAUCAUGGGCCUGGACUCGGGAAAGACACACAGAGUAAAGGCGCUACUUGAUAGUGGCUGCAGUACCUGCUGCAUUGAUACCGACUAUGCGUGGGCAGAGAAGUUGGAUAUCCAGGAACUCCUGCAGCCCAUUGUAGCUUGCAAUGCCCACAACACCAAAAACAUCAACGGUCAGAUCACGCAUUACGUUGACCUGAGGAUGAGAAUUGGUCCUCAUGUGGAGACAUGCACGUUCCUUCUGACGUGUCUAGGGAAAGCUCAGAUCUUCAUCGGCCUGGAUUGGCUGAUGGAACACAACCCUGAGGUGGAUUAG